AUGAAUCUGAACCUUCGCGACGUCUACGUGGACCUGUCGAGCGGGCGGGCCAAGGAGCGGAAAGAGGGUCUGAAGUCCCUUCAAGCAGUGCUGGGGAGCCCGCCCUGCCUCGCGUCGCUCGACCACAAGACAAUCAGCCACGCGCAGGACAAAGAUGUGCGAGGCGAUACCUGGCCCGGGCUCCUCCGGGCGCUCUGCCGGAGCAUCGACCAGGAACUCGGCAACACGGGCGGCAGGAAGACAGGUCCCGACGCCGCGUGGGCGCGCGUCCUGAAAGAGUUCUUCGACACCGCAGAAUCAGGUCGCCGCGGGUCCCGCCUCUUGCUGCUGCGCAGCGCCCGGGAGCUGAUGCGGACCUGCUGCGCGUACCUCGCUCACCAGGACUGGGGCAUCGGCGACCCGGUCAGCACCGCCAACAUGAACACGCAGCCCGUCCGCGACAUCAUGCACACCCUCCGGAACGCCGUCCAGGUCGAGGAGUACGCAGAGCAGUGCCCGCUCGAGUGCAUGGAGGACAUGGUCAGCGUGACCCUCAACCAGCUCCACGCCGCCCGGAACCUGAGCGACUCGAACGCGACGCAGCUGCUCACGCUGUUGUCGUGCCUCCUGCGCGCGCUCCCGAUCGACUGCUUCGAGGAGGUCAGCGUGACGGAGUGCGACUCGUGCCACGGCUGGGGCCUCCUGCCCGGCCGCUGCACGCUGCGGCUGCACCUCGUGACCACGCUCACGGAGCUCCUGAAACGGUGCCGCGACAACGUCCUGCGGACGAAGACCACGGUGCUCGCGUGCACCAACUCCUUUCUCGCCACCGCCGCCGCGGACCUGACACCCUUCCUCCCAGAGAUGUCGAAGUACGUUCUGAAGUCUGUCUGCCGCGAGGCGUGGUACAAGUCGGAGGCCACCGUUGACGCAGUGGUGGUGUUCGGGGAGAUCCUCCUGCGCUCCGGCGCGACGGACGGGCGCGCGGGUCCGACCAUGCUCAAGCAGUGGCAGCAGGUCACGUUCGGCGAGCUCUUCAAGGCUGCGUCGGAGACCUGGUGGUUUGUGCGCAGUGCGCCGUGGUGCCUGUCGCACCGCGCGCGGGAGGCGGCGCGGUUCGCCGCGGCGCUCGCGGAUGCGGUCGCGGUCGAGGAGCAGCGCUGCACGGACGACGCGCCCGACGAGGACGUGCCGGUGUCCACGCAGGGGCCCCGCGCAGCGAACGGCGUGUCCGGUGUGCGGCGGACGUUCCUGGAAGGCUGGCUGCGCAAUCCGCGGGUGUGGGGGCCCGUGCUGGUGGAGUGGCUCGGGAUGGUGCGCAGCGGCGACGCGAGGGCCGGCCUGGACGCCGCGCACGUGUGCCUGGUCGUGGCGCGUGCCAACGGCGCCAGCGCUCUCGACGGCGAAGACGCCUUCUGGCGCAUGAAGUGCCUCGCUGACUGCGUUCUCAGCCUCACCGGCGGUCCGCACGAGGCAACGAGCACGCUCGCGGACGGCUCCCCGGCACACCAGGCCGUGCGGGAGGCGACGGAAGUUGCGCAGGUGUCACUGCAUCGCCUGCCGGGGGGGCGUCCGGUCGCGGCAGCGGUGCACGGCGAGUGUCUGCGGACGAUCGCGACAGCGGGCGUCGUUCUCGGCGAGGACGGCCGCGCCGCGAUCGUCUCCGCGCUGCAGGCGCGCAUCAAGGACAACGUGACGCUCCCAGAACCUCUCGGGGACGGUGCGGUGUCGUUCGCGGUGAACAGGUCGCGGGCGUGCCUCGCGGAUGGCGGUGCGGGGUCGCUGCCGGGCACGCUCGCGCUGAUGAUCGCGGCGGGGAACGUCCUGGGGUCGUCCGGGGACGGCGAAGAGCUGCGCAUGCAGGCGCUCAAGUGGCUGGUGCGGAACGCCGCGAAGACGCUCCCGGGCAACUUCUCGGCGCUCUUCGCCGACGCUCUGUCGGCGCUUAUGGGUUCUGCCGAUGUUCGGUGCAGCCACGGCGGCUCCGGGGGGGACCUCGCGUGCGCCAUCGCCACUCAGGCGCUGGAGCCGCAGGAGGACCCGCGGUCGCAGCUCGCGGGGAUCCACAGCGCAGGGUGGUUCGCGCGGCACUGGGCGAGCGAGGCGCACGGCGCUGAGCGGCCCGUUUCGGACUCCCCUGGGGGUGUGUUGCACCGCGUCAACGUCGGGAAGAUCGCGGACGACCUCGCGGGCCCCGGGAGCGUGUGGUUCGCCAUCGGCGUCGUCGAGCAGGGCGAGUGGCACGACGGAGGGCCGUCCACGCCGGCGCUGCUGGCCAUGGCGGCGGCGAUGGUCGACCACGUGACCUGCUGCCACAACGCGCGCCAGUACGCCGACGUGAAGCUCAUGCCGAUGGUGGGGCGCAUGCUGUCUGAGCUGCGGCAGAAGGAGCGCAGGGGGCAGCUGAUCGGCGGCGUCAUCACGUGCGGGGCGGAAAUGCUGAGCGCGCUGGCCCGCCUUGCCGAGGCCGUGCAGCGCGCGGCCGAGGCGCUCGGCGCGGACGUCGGCGGCGCCGCGGGCUCGGCGGGGAUCUUGCAGCAAUUCUCGAAAUCGUUUGCGGCGGACAUCGUCGAUGCAACGACUCCGAUGCUCGAUCGUAUCAAAGCACACAUCUCCACAACGGUCCACUCCGCGGCACGCGCCGCCAACGGCAGCUCGGGGGGCUUCGACCUCAUGGACGACGGCUUCGGGUCGCCCGUGCGCCUCCUCGCCGAGCGGCAGCCCGGCGGGAGCUCAGGCGCGACAGGAACCACAGCUGCCGACGUGCAGGCAGCGGCGCAGAACGCCGACGCGGCGCUGCUGAGCCCGGUCGAGCAGGCGCUCUCAACGGACGCGCGGCUGUCCGAGAACUGCCUGCGCGAGACAGUCGCGGCGCUUUCGGCCGCGUGCGCGUGCGCGGUGGCCGCGGGACACGUGGAGGGGGGUGUGGGGUUGUCUGCGCUGACUCAGGCCGCGGAACGGCUCGAUGCGGACCACGCAGGGCUGCCGCCGUGCGUGGGCGACGUGCUGCAGCGCGCAGUCGCGGCCCUGGCGUCGCGUCUCGUGUCGCUGCCCGAGAGCGGAGCCGCGCAGGCUGCAGGUGUUGCGGGGACGCGCACAGCGCUCCAGGCGACGCUCGCGGUGCUGGAGUCGAAGCCGCGCAUCGCGCCUCCGUCGCGGUGCGAGCGUGCGAUCGUUCCGUGCUCCGAGCUGCUGCGCAGCGCCGGGCUCGAGGACUGGGCGUCCUCCUCGGGCAGUGCACCAACUGCCGAAGACAAACAGACGUUCGAGAGCGUUCUGGACGCCCUGGACGACGUGAUCGACAGCGCCGACGCAGCACUGCGCCAGACGGGCACCAGCAAGCUCGCCCGCCCGCGCGCACGCGAGGCGCUCGCCGGCCUGCACGCCGCGGCAGCGGUGUUGUGCAAGGACCGCUUCGCGAAACGUUGCGGGGGCGCGCUGAUCGAGCUGUGCUCGGACGGGUCCUUCACAGUGCGCGUCGCGGCCGCACGCGGGCUCGCACGCGUCACCGCGCUCUUCAACGACCCGCGAAGGGUCUUGAACGCGCUGUGCAUGGAGUUCCGGCACGUGCCGGUGUUGGACGGGGACGGACAGAGCAGCGACAUCUCGCUCAAGGACGGCAAGAUCACGAUGGCUAUUGCGGACGCUGGCCGGGCGGCGCAGCGGGCGAAGGCGCCGCUGUCGCCCCCGCGCACGCAGACGGAGCUGCUGAGCCUGGCCGGGGUCGCGCAGGGUGGCGGGGCGAGCGGGGUGCUGAUCGAGACCGCCGCGGCGACGCUGCUGAUGAUGCACGCGCUCACGGUGCCCACGGACACCGCGUUCGCGCACGACCUGCUCACCGCGACGGCCAGAAAGGUCGGGUAUUCCUCGGCAGUCGAGCAUCUCCAAUUCCUGAUGCCUCUGCUCGUCGAGACGUGGGUGCAGCACGACCUGGGCUUCGAGCAGCUGCUGGACGCCAGGACCGUCAUCUGGGGGUGUCCCGCGGCCCUGCCGGAGCUGGAAAGCGACCCUGUGGUCCUGUGUGCGAGCACACACUUCGCGGCGUCGUUGCUGGAACGGGGCGACGCCGCUGCGGUCGACCAUUUGGCGGAGUGCGUGGGCCGCAGCGCCCUCGACUUCCUGCGCGAGCGCGCGUGGGGCGGCGUGAGCCCCCUCGCGGCCGCACAAGCGCGGUACUGGAUCGCGAAAGCCGCUGGGGACGCUGCAAGGGUCAAGCACCUGGCGUCGGGACUGCGAGAGCUCACCGGCGCGGACCUCGACCGCUGCUGCAACGAGUGCACGCUCGACACAGUCGCUUGCGCGCUCGCGCUCUCGCGCGGCGGGUCGGGCCAGGACGCGCAGGCUGCCUAUCCCUUUGUGUCGUCGAAAGUCGUCGAAAAGGCUCUCCACGAGCAGAUGGGCCGCUCGAUCGGGGCCUCCGCGCCGCCGUUCGACGGCGGAGCGAGACCGAAGGGCGCCUUGCGGCGUUUCGUGUUCGGCCCGAGUCAAUCGCUCCGCUUGCUCAGCCUGGUGCAGCGACAAGUCGUGCUCGCGCGCGGCGCGUCGCACGCGGGGCAGGCCGUCCAGGCGGUGCAGAGCAUGAUCGUGGCCGGGGGGACGUGCUGGUCGAGCCCGCUGGCGUUCAUCGCAGUCGUGAACUUCCUUCUCGGGAGGGUUGCGGCGGGGCUGGGGGUUGAGGAGUCCCUCGCGGUGCUGCUCACUGUCGUCCAGUCGUUUUUCGAGGCUCCGUGCGGCGACGCGGAUCAGCGGCGAGGCGUCAUCGCCAGCAUCCUGCCCAGGGCGGCGCGAGUGCUCUUUCGGCAGCCCCUGCGCGCGCCGCAGUCGGCCGGCGCGCCCAUGGUGGGCGUGUUUGUGGGUGCAGAGAUCCUGCGCACGCUUGCGCGCGCCGAACCGAGCCUGCUGCGCACCUGCGCCCCGUUUCCGCCCGCCGUCCACCUGCUGGCAAAGGAUGUCCAGGAAGCGCGGCAGACGGCGCUGGAGGAGGCCCCGCUAUCGCUGCUGGAGCUGCUGACCGUCGUCACGGAGCAGGCCGGGGACGUGGACGGUGACGCCCGCGACCAGCUCAUUCGCGAGGUCGAGGCGGCACUCGGCGGGCUCUCGGAGGACGAGGGCCACGAGAGCGAGCUCGCUCGCGCGGUGUGGCGCUUCGUGCGCGCAGCAGCGGACGUCGGCGACAGCAAGCUGCAAGCGAUCGCUGCGCGCGCGCUCGCACGCCUGGGCCCGCUCCCGCCGGGGACGCUCACCACGCCCUUCCACGGCUCCGACCUCGAGCGCCUGUGCUGGGGCUCCGGCCUCGCGCCCACAGAGUCAGGCCUUCGACGGCCGCUGCCACUCAGCGACAGGUGGUGGCCGCUGGCGCUUGAGCAUUUGCUCGCGAGCGCAACGGACGGCGACAACGUCACGCUGGCAGCGGCGGCGCGCGACUCGCUCCUGGCGUUGCUCACGUGCGCGCCGGACGCGACGGAGAGGGCUCUGCCGUUCCUGAAGGACGGCGGCGCUCAUCUGGCGGACAUGCGGGCCGACCUCGCGGCUUUGUUCGCGCGCAGGCCCGUCGCAUUUGACAGCGAGGACCCCCCCCUGCGGUCCCGGCCCGCGGACGACGAGCUCGCGAAGCUCGCGCGGAAGGACCUGUGGGAUCUAUCGCCCGAGGACAGCUACGAGGACUGGGCCCAGCGCGUGGCCGCGGCGCUCCUGCAGGCGUCCAAGGUGGUGUGCGACGACACGGGGGUGGCGGGCGCGAUGGUCGCGCUGAGCCGCACGGCCGCCGUGCACGCGCGCCUCGCGGAGGUGAUGCUGUUCGCGGGGAUGAUCACGAUCUCGCGGUUCGACGGCGAACGACGGGUUUGCAGCGCGAUCACUCCGCACGCGGCGCGGGUGCUGAAGGCGUCCUUGGAGCGGCCUGCGGGCCACCCAGGGCACAAACCUGGCUCCCGCGCAGCGUGGGCGAUCAUCUCGACGCUCGGUCUGCUACGUCUGUGCCGUCAGGAGAACCUGCAAGCGCCGAACGUCGUUGCUGCGGGUCUGUCAUGUGGCAGGUGGUGCCACGCGCACCUCAGCCGCGAGCAGCACGACUCCGACGGCUCCGACAGCGACGACGUGCAGCUCGUGUCCUCCGCGUCUCGCAAGCGGCGCGCACAGCCCCAGCAACGCCAGGCCGUGAAGGCGAAAAAGCAGCGCACACCCGCUGCGAGCUCGGCGGCCAAGUCCGCCGCAGCGGCCGGACGCGCGAACGGAGCGCCGAGCGCCGCGGCGGCGGAUCCGCUGUCGCGGGUGGAUGCGACGGAGCCGGUGCUGUGGCGCAAGGUGUACUGGCUCGACAUUGACUACCAGGAUGCUGCGCGGGCGGCGCUGCACACGUGCGGGGCGCCGUUCACGGCCUGGCUGUACUGGGAGCAGAGCGUCGAGGAGGACCCGGGCCGGAGAGAAGCCGUCGAGCGCGAGCUGAUCCAGGCAGCCAUGAUGACGGGCGACCAGGACCUGUGGCAAAACCCUUUUCCAACAGUCCGGCUCUCCGACACGGACGCGCGCAACCUGGAGCGCCUGGCGCGCGAGCUCAACUGGCCCCUGCACCUCUCGCACCUCGAGGGCUACGAGCCCGCCCAGAAGGACCCGUCCAUUCGCGCGCAAGACCUUCUCAAGAUGGGCUGUCCCGAGGCCGCACGGAGCAUGCUGCGGCACGCCGACGACUCGCGCUCGGCCGCGGCCCGCGAGGUCGAGCACGAGGCGGCGUGGCGCAUGAUGUUCUGGGAGGAGUGCGACGCGCCUGACGUCAGCUCUCUGUCAGACGCGCUGUGUCGGGGGGACCCCGUGGACGCGCGAGCGACGGAGACGGCGGGCUCGGGGUUCCACGAGUCCUUCGCGGCUGCGCUGGCCGCGGUGCGCACCUGCGGGCCCCCGCGGAAGAUCAGGGGCCUCGACGGCUGCGUCGAGGAGGCGCGCCGCAUCGUAGACGCAGCACGCGCCGCGACGUGCCGGCUGGUCGGCGCGUCCACGGAGGAGAUCAGCCGCGGCACGAACGACAGCAUCGUCCGCCUCGUCGCCCUCGAUCUCGUGCCGGGCCGGCUCAGCCCCGACCGCAGCGAUGUGGACACAACCCUCGCGGCGACGCUCACGCCCGGCCGCGCGUUCGCGGGGCGCUUCGAGCUGCUCGAGCCGCUCUUCGCGGCACAGAGCGCCGUGCUCCGCGCAACGGGCGCGUGGGCCGCGCUCCCGUCCGUGCUCGAGCGGCUCGCAGACGCCGCCAUCGCAGAGCCAUGUGGGGUGGCGGUGUCUCACGCCGCGUCGUGUCUCCGCGGGUUCGAGAAGAUGCUCGGCGCGCGCUCCGCGACGGUCCGCGACGCCGCGAAGCACCUCCGCGAGCCCUGGGCGAUGUGGCGGAUGCUGGGUCCGCGGAUGCAGUGGGGCCUGGGGCGGCAGUGGGAGGCGGCGACGCAGGGGCUGUCGAUGCUGCAGGGCUGGCAGGUGAGCGAGGAGGACGGCGAGGCGGCGAUCAACUACGUGCGGAUCUCGUGCACCGCGGCGCAGUGGGCGGCGGAGACGCACAGCGUGUCGUCGCAGGCCAUUCGCGACGUCCUCGAAUCCGCCCGCGACCUCGCGAACGACUUCGACCUGGACAGCCCCGUCGCGGCGGCGGUGGCGUGCGACGCGAACUUCAAGCUGGCGUCGUACCUCGACCGGCUCCGCGGCGAGCUGGAGGAUCAGAUGCGCGGGGAGGAGUGGCGCGAGCACGGCAAGGCGCUGGAGAAGAAGGGCGUGGAGGUGGCGGCGAUGCAGCAGCGGCUGGACGCGCGCGCGGCGCGCGGGGAGGUCCGGUGGGACAACGGGCAGAUGGUGGACCGGGAGUCGAAGUACAUGCGGCACUACAUGGCCAAGAUGCAGGCAGUGAUCAAUGCGGACAUGCAGGAGCGGCGGCGGGUGGAGCAGCGGGCGAAGAAGUUCACGGAGCACGCGAUGCAGGCGUACAGCGACGCGCUGUUCGCGGGCUCCGCGCACGACCUCGCGGGAGCCUUCGGAUGGUGCCGGCUGUGGCUGAGCCACCCGCAGAGCGCCGAGGUGAACCGGCUGGCGCGGGACGCGUGCAGCCACACCCCCACGCACAAGCUCGUGCCGCUCGCGUACCAGGUCGCAUCGCGCAUAUCGAACGUAGACAACGAUAACUUCCCGGGCUUCCAGGACGCGAUCUCGCACAUGAUGCGCGGCAUGCUCCUGGACCACCCCCACCACGUCGCGUACCACCUCCUGUCGUUGGCCAACGGACUGCGCGACCACGGCGGACGGGAGGGCUCGCCGUCCGGGACGCAGCUGGUCGGCGGGAUGCAGCGCGUCGUCGACGAAAGCAAGGUCGCGGGCGCGAAGCGGAUCCUUGCCGCGUAUUGCAACCCAGCGCAGGUGUCGCCGGAUGCGGAGCGAAGGGCGAAGACGGCGUAUCUGCAAGAGGUGCUUGGGCAAACCAAGAGGCUGGUGGACGCGUACAUUCGCCUGGCGGCGGCGGACCCAGAGAAGACCUCGGUCGUUCCCUCGGCGAUAUGCCGGGACGUCCGCGACCUCGACAAGGUGCCCGUCGUGUCGAUGAACCUCCCGCUCGACCCGCUGUGCCGCUACCUGCGCGCCGACGGGCCGAGCGGGGCGCCCAGCGAGGCGGUCACCUUCGAGCGGUUCGAGAGCAAGGUGUCGCUCGUGGGCGGCAUCAACAAGCCCAAGCUGAUCGCCGUGCGGGGCUCGGACGGGCGCCUGCACAAGGAGUUGAUCAAGUCGGGCAACGACGACCUGCGUCAGGACGCCGUCAUGACGCAGAUCUUCCGGCUCGUCACGGAGCUGCUCGCUCAGGACAAGCACAGCGCCUCCACGGGGCUGCGCAUGCAGACGUACAAGGUCGUGCCCUUCACGCCGCACGCGGGCCUCGUGGAGUGGAUCAACCAGUCGACGCCGCUGAGCGAGUGGCUCCUGGGGCCCGACCGGCGCCACGGCGCGCACCUGCGGUACAAGAAGCCCGGGCAGUGGUCGUUCGGGCAGUGCCUCAAGGUCAUGCAGGACGCCCUCGGGAACCCGGACACGCAGCUGGCCAGCUUCGCGCGCUGCUGCAGAAACUUCCCGCCGGUUCUGCGGUACUACUUCCUGGAGACGUUCCGGGGGCCGACGGAGUGGUUCACGCGCCGCCAGGCCUUCGUGCGGUCCGUCGCCGUCGCGUCCAUGGUCGGCCACGUCGUCGGGCUCGGCGACCGGCACUCGGCCAACAUCCUGCUCCUCGACAACUCCGCAGAGGUGGUGCACAUCGACCUCGGGAUCGCGUUCGAGCAGGGCAAGUUCCUCAACACGCCGGAGCAGGUUCCGUUCCGCCUCACGCGGGACAUCGUCGACGGCAUGGGCGUCCAGGGCGUGGAGGGGUCGAUGCGGCGUUCCAGCGAGAAGGUGAUGUCGGUCCUGCGGGCCUCGCGCAGCCUGCUGUCGACCAUCCUCGACGUGUUCCUGCACGACCCGCUGUACAACUGGACGCUGACGCCGGUCGACGUGGCGCGGCGGCAGCACGACGAGGGCAGCGACGACGAGGCGGAGGAGGCGCGGUGGGCGAGCAGGGAGGUGGGGGGCGGGGCGUUCGCGGGGGCGGAGGGGAACAAGAGCGGGGGCAGCGCGGACGCGGCGCGGGCGGUGCUGCGCGUGCGGGCGAAGCUGGAGGGGCGGGAGUUUGGGGAGGGGGUCGAGGGGCGCAGCGUGGAGGGGCAGGUGCAGCAGCUGAUGGCGGACGCGCAGGACCCGCAGAAGCUCGCGCGGAUGUUCUUCGGGUGGGCGCCGUGGGCGUGA